GCCAACUUUUUAAGGGAAAAUAUAGCUGUUUCUGGCUGGUAGGCGUCUUACUUUGUUAUUGUGGGCACUUUACUUAUUUAAAAUGACCAAGAAGAUAUUAAUGAUAUGCUUGGGCAAUAUCUGCCGUUCGCCCAUUGCCGAGGUUGUUAUGGUUGAUGUCUUGGCCAAGGUAAAGGUCGAUGGUGUUGUUGUUGAUAGCGCAGCCCUGGGCUCAUGGCAUGUGGGGAAUCGAGCUGAUCACCGAGCUCUGAGCACCCUCCAGCACCACGGACUAAAGAGCACGCAUAUUGUACGGCAGAUAAAAAAGCAGGACUUUAAUGAGUUCGACUACAUUUUCGGUAUGGACGAGGAAAAUAUGAGUGAACUGCGGCGACUGGCGCCAAAAGGCUCCAAGGCGGAGCUGUUAAUGCUGGGCGACUUCGGUCUGAGCAAGGAUAAUCGUAUUAUCGAGGAUCCUUACUAUCAAAAGGGCGCCGAGGGAUUUGAGACAGCUUAUCAGCAGUGCGUUGCGGCUUGCACGGCAUUUGUUAAUCAGCGACUGCUAAAAUAAGUGAAUAGGUAAAUGGCAAUCGAUCUAUGUAGUUAAUUGAUAACAACAACAAAAAUAAACAGUAAUUAAAAUGAGCACGACAA